AUGUCAUCUCCUAGUGCUGAGAAAGAGACAGCUGUUUUAAGCGGCGACGAGCAAGAAUUAUCUAAGGAAGAAAGAUUGGAAGCCGCUCGUAAGAAAUUCGAGGAAUUGAAAAAGAAGAAGAAGAAGUCCAAGAAGAAAUCCAAGAAGGGAAAGGAAGAUAAGGACGAAGAGACGGCAGAAAAUGAUGAAACCGAUGGAAAAGAUGCAACAAAUGAUACUCAAACUGAUGGUGAAACAACGAAGGUAGAUGCUGACGAACCAGAAGAAGGAGACAAGGAACAGGAAGCGAAAGUGGUAAGUGAUAAAACUGAAAACAACAAAGAGAAAGCUGAUGAGAUUGAAGAAAAGGGCAUGAAUACUACAGAUAAUGCAAAGGAUGAACUGAAAGUUACAAAUGAUGCGAAAGAUGAUCUGGAAAUUACGAAGGAUGAUCUGAAAAUUACAGAGGAGUUGAAAGGUGAACAGAAAGUUACAGAGGAGGCGAAGGAUGAACCGAAGACUGUAGACGAUGCUAAAAUUGAGGUGGAAGUGGAUAACGUAAAAGAUAACAAUGCCAAAGUAGAGAAGGUGGCUGAUAAGAAAACAGAAAGUAGCAAAAAUGAGAAGAAUGCAGAUGAAGUGAAAGAUAAGGUCGCGGCUGAAGCUCCUACUAAUGACAAGCAAAAAGAGAAUGAUGAUGACAAGAUAAAGAUAAAGAAAGAGGCUGAAAAGGAAAAAGUGAAGGAUGAGAAAAUAGAUUCAGCACCUAGCGUUGUUGGAGACGCCGAAGUUGCCUCUUUGAAAGCUACUGUCGAACAACAAAAAUCGACCAUUAAAAAAUUGAGAGACGAAAAUACCGAUUUAAAAUUGUCUCGUAUGGACUUACAAGAUAGAAUUGUUGAAUUAGAGGGCCAAUUGAAAAAUGCUCCCCUGUCGACGUCGAAGGUCGAAGUCCCACAAAGUUCUCCACAGAAACUGGCAAUCAAACCAGCAAAGCCAGUUUUCACCCAAAACGAUUAUGCUUCAGUAUCUCAGCAAAACUUUGCUAGUUUCUCGCACACGGAUGAUUUCAGAGAGAAAUUAAUGGUGUGGAAAGGCUGGCAAGUGGACAUGAGACUUUGGAAUGCAACGAAUAACACUCAAAAGAUAGCUCUUUAA